GAAAUGACGACAAUGAGGACUAGACGCAGGGUCAGCUUAUCUGCACCGCCGGCCAAGCUAGAAACCCCAAAGGAAGUGCGCAAAUUGAGAAGCUGGAGCUAUUACAUUAUCUUCGCGAUCGUUAUCUUACCCUUACAGCUGUUUAUUAUGUCUUCUUUUAUAUAUACAGCUCAAAGAUUAUACCAUUUAUACAAUAAUAGUGUACCGUAUUGUCGGUAUCUAUUUAUGGAUAUAUAUGCUCCCUUAGAAGUUAUAUUCUACGUCUACCUCACCAUUCUUAAUAAGCGCAUACAGCCAAUUUCACUUCCUCCACCGCAUUUCACGCCUUCAUUCGCUAAACAACUUUUCAUACGUAUUCUGGGUGAUUUCCGAGCAGUAAACACACGCAGAGUGACUGAAUGGUCGGAAGAUACUUCACAGGGUGCUUAUGCAGCACCUGCCUUGCGUAGGGAAGAUAGGCGGUCAAGUUGGGAUGUAGACAUGCUCGAAUCUCAAAUACCUGCACUCGAAUAUAAUGACGCGAAAGCUAGAGACUUCCGCGAAAAAGUCAGUACUUGGUUUGGGCAUGCAGAGUGGCACGACCUAUGUCAUGAUGAUAUGCUCACAUGGCUUAGCUGGUCUUUACUCGGUUUGCCACUUUCAGAAGCCAAUUUACCGUUCCUCGAGAGUUGCGUUCAUUUAGUAGAGAAACGUACAGGUAGCUGCCUUCCUAUGAAGCGGCCAGAAGGUGCUCAGCCACCAACAAUCAUUCGUUUGACUAUAGACCCAGUUAGGACACGUGCAAGACCAAUCUUACUAUACAUUAUCAUACACAUUGCGGAUAUGCUAACAAAGUUUUUUCUCAUUUGGAGAUAUGAUUGUAAGAUCUGGAUAAUAGAAGGUGAAAACCCGCAAUCAGGACCCUUAGAAUACAUAGUCAGAAUACCGGAUAAGAAAAGUGAAGACAAAGUAAAGCCCGUCACAUUAAUGCAUGGUUUAGGUUUCGGAUUACCACAUUAUGGACAAAUAUUCAAAUUCUUAGCGAACAAAUUCCCAAACAGACCUAUUGUCAUGCCACUCAAUCGUGCAACUUCAAUGAUGAUCUUCACCAGACGAUAUUUGUUACCAGUAACGCGACAGGAAGCUAGUCAAGGUCUGACGGAGGUGCUUGAUAGACUGAACGCAAGUGAUACAGACAUAGUCUCGCAUUCAUUCGGUACUAUAGCCCACACACAUAUACUCAAAGAUGCGCCUCAUUUGGUUAACAAAUCGGUAUUCCUCGAUCCAGUUACUUUUUGUCUAUGGGAAGGUGAUUUAUGUUACAGAUUCCUCUACAAAGUACCAAAAACUGGUAUUGAGCUACUUAUGAACUAUUUCAUCGCUACUGAGACGGGAUUAGCAAACACACUUCAGAGGUCAUUCAGCUGGUCAUGUAAUCUCCUCUGGCCACAAGAGAUGAAAAUAGAAAGCACGAAAGUAUUUAUAGGUAGUGAGGAUUUCAUAUAUGACAGUAAGAGAGUACACGAGUAUCUCCUUCGACAUGGCUUACGUGACGGUGUCGCUCUCCACUACAUGGACGGCUUCAAUCAUGGAGAGUGCCUGAUAACGAGAAAUGGGGUAAUAGAUACCGUUUGCGAAUUCUUAGAGUAAAUUAAGGAUUACCUGAUUGGUCACUUCUAUAGACAGACCGUAUGACGAAUUUGGGUAAAUAAAUAAAGAGAAUAACGAGACUAUGUUGUAAUUAUUUAGAGCAAUAC